AUGCCUACGCCUGGGGAGGAGGACAGCGUUCAGGAGGCCGACCUGGAUGAUGAAGGUGCAUUUCCAGCUGGUCCUGAGGAGAUGAGGCCGGGAACUCCGACGGAAAGGUCAUGGGGUGGUUGGAGUGAGCAGGAGCCUACUACGCCUGGUCCACGCCAUCGGGAGAUCUGGGGUUGGAUCCGGGGAUGGUGCAAGGGCAGCAUCUCCAUUGGGACCUACAGCCUCGGCGGCACCUACGGUGGAGCUGGUGGACAAGAUAAGAUCCAGGUUCCCGAGUACAAUGGUGAAGAUGAUAGGGAUGGAUUGAAGGCCAAGGGCUACAUCCGAAAGAUCGAGGCCUGGAGGCGCGUGACCAGGUUGACGCGCCCCAAACAAGCCCUGAUGCUCUACAACAACCUCACAGGCCGAGCUUGGCGUGAUGCAGAAGAACUUGAGCUUGGAUUGCUCGACUCCGAACAAGGGGUUGAGGUGUUUGUCGAUUGGAUCAAGUCCCGCUACAUGGACCGCGAGGUGACAAAGAUAGGCCGCUACAUGUCCGACUUCUUCAAGGUCCUCAAGCGGAACACCCAGCAGGACAUCCGGGACUUUAACCAGGAGUUCGACCGGCAGGUCAGCAGGUUGAAAGAAGUUGGACGCGCGCUCCCGGACGCCUGCCUCGCCUGGUGGUAUGUCGACAAGAUGCGCAUGGACAAUACGUCGGAGUUGAACUUGUUGUCGUCUGUCGGCAACUCCUACACCCUGAAAAAGCUUCAAGACGCUGCGAUCAUACAAGAUCGUAUGAACCGGAGAAUGUGGGAAAGGAGACCCGACGGGGACCGACGCUCCGAGGACAGGAGAACCGACGACAAAAAGAAACACCAAGCUCUGAUGACCUCCAUCGAUGAGAACCACGAGGAGAUCCACGACUCCGAGGACACCAUGACGGACGAUGAGGACAGGCCUAUGUGGCUUUCCAAAACGCCAAGAGCAAGUAUCGUGCCAUCAUGA